AUGGCGUCUGAGAAACCUCUCGAGGAUGCGAGUGUUGUUGCUGAAUCAAAGAAACAGGAAGAAACUGUCAAUGCUGAGAAUUCAAGGGACAAGAACAGACCCGAGACUCUUGACUUAUCUACUGAUAAUGUUCCAAAAGAUGAGCCUGUCAAGGAAGCAGAGCUCCCUGAGUCUGGUAGUGCUUCAGUGAAGAGUAAAACAGCGAAGGAGAACAAAACUGUUAGAAGAAAGUCAGGGACCUUUGCUCGGAGCCCGAGAUUCCUUUCUCAGAGCUCUUCGUUUCCAACUAAAGGAGCUUACACUGAUACCACUAGAAAGAGCAUUGAUGCAACGCCAAAGGCUACUCCUACUCCUACUCCUAAACCUGUCGUUGCAAGUGCAUCCAAACCAAAGGCGACUCCAUCUUCAAACAACAAUGUUUCCACAAAGCGCAACAGUUUAGUCUCUGUGCCUCUCAGGAAGCAACCUACGCCUGUGAAGUCUAUUUCCAAAGAUGCAGCUUCAGGCCUUACUUCCAACAAUUGCAGAUUGGGAGAUGAAGAUUCUAAACCCAUUAAAGAUGAAAUGGUAGGCAAGGAUAAUGAGGAUGCCCCAUCAGUCACCGCUGUGGUGGAAGAGAAAGUAUCUAAACCAACGAAAGGUGAAAUGGCAAGCAAGGAAGUAGAUGAGGACACACGCUCAACUACCACUUCAACUUCUACACCACGUGGGCGGAGAAGCAGCGUUGGUUCAGCGUCUGGAUUUUCCUUCAGGUUGGAGGAACGAGCUGAGAAACGCAAGGAGUUUUAUAUGAAACUAGAAGAGAAGAUCCAAGCAAAGGAAGAGGAGAAGACCACUCUGCAGGCCAAAUCAAAGGAGAGUCAGGAAGAAGAGAUCAAAAGGUUGAGGAAGAGCUUGACUUUCAAGGCUGGUCCCAUGCCCUCUUUCUACAAAGAGCCUCCACCAAAGGUUGAAUUGAAGAAGAUACCAACUACUCGUCCUAAAUCUCCAAAGCUAGGACGCAGAAAGAGUAGCAGCGAUUCAACAGGAGGUGAAGCUGGUCCUCGUGUGAUAAAACCAAAAGACUCAUCAUCAUCAUCAGCUACACUGAAGAAACCUAUAACAAAGUCUCAGCCAAAACUUGUUGAAACUCAAGAGAAGUCAGGUAAGGCCAAAGAAAGGAAAAAGGAAGGGAAGAAAGAAGAAGCAGAGAAGAGAGCAGAGGAACAGAAGGCUUCUUCCGUGCCUGCUAAACCGGAAGAGAAGAAAGAAGAAACAGAGAAAAGAGGAGAGGAAGAGAAGACAUCUUCAGUGGCUGCUGCUAAAUCCGAAGAGAAGAAACCGGACGCCAACAACAUUCAAAUGAAGGCUGAGAUUAUGGCAAGUGAUGUUGCAGUGGGAGGCUGA